GGUGUUACUACAAUCGCCAAGUUCAAGGUGUUCUCGUGAGUCAUAGUGUGGGCCGCUGAAGAUUUCUAUUUAAAUCCGCCCUGAAACAGCGACUGUAGUCUCAGUAGCCAAGAGCACUACGCAGCGCGCGCCUGCAACGAACUCAUCACAACACUAAAGAUGUCGAUUGUCCCAAUGCUAUUCCGCGACUGGUGGGACGACUGGGAGCGCCCCUCGAAGCUGAUGGACCAGCACUUUGGCAUGGGUCUCAAGAGGGACGAGCUGCUCUCCUCCCUGUCCUCCUUCCCCUCCAGCUCGCUGUUCAGGAACUCCUACUUCAGGCCAUGGAGGGCGAGCCUCGCGCGCCAGGAGUCCUCCUCUACUAUCAACCUUACCAAGGAAAAAUUUGAGGUUAUCCUAGACGUCCAACAAUUCUCUCCAGAAGAAAUCUCAGUGAAGGCGAGCAACAACACUGUCCUCGUCGAAGGGAAACACGAGGAAAAGCAAGAUGAGCACGGCUUCAUCUCUCGUCAGUUCACCCGUAGAUACAUCCUGCCAGCAGGCUACGAUGUCACCGACAUAGUCAGCACACUGUCCUCGGAUGGAGUCCUUACAAUCACAGCCCCCAAACGCGCACCUCCCAAUUCUGGAGAGAGAGUGAUCCCGAUCACUAAAACUGGCCCCGCCAAACAGGCAGAGACCCCCGUCGAACAGCCUCGCGAGCAAACUGUCCCAAUCGUCACAUCCCCUUAAAUAUCAGACAUCAAUCAAUAAGUCUAAUUAACACGAACAGAGUCUCCUGUCCUUAAGUGGUACCAUCAUCUGAUGCCUUCUUUAAAUAAUCUUGGGAUGUCAGGUGGAGAGAACUCAACAACACUCAACAACCUUAAGUGCGAGGUUGUGGUUAAAACGUUUCAUUAAAGUCCUCCCUUUUAAGUGUUGCAUUAAUUUUAGAUCUGCAAAUUCAGUUUACUGUAAAACCAAAUCAAAAUUAAUAUCUAGAUAUUUAACCGUAUUUUGAUGAUUUUUGAAGUCAUAUUGGCGCGUUAGGAAAAUAUCAUCAGAGUAUAACUGAAUUUCAAGAAUGGCGUACAUCAUGAUGAUAUACCUACAUUAAAUACUGUAAAGUUAGUUUUAGUGUAAGUUUAUUUAUCAGGCCAACUAGGUAUUUAAUUUUUUACAAAUACACUGUGUAAACUGUACCAACUGACGCACUUUUGCCAUAAUUAAUUUUUUAAAAUUCUAUACCACCUGCGAUAUUAUUGUAUUCGAUAUAUUAUUAUUAUCGCCCACCACUUCGAUUUUACCAUUAAUCGGGGGAGUAACUCUCUUCGUGUAAACGAGGCUUAAGUAAUAAGCUAACGAUCGAAAUAGCAUUUAUUUUUAUAUGACUCGCUGUUGGCCAACAACGGGUAACGAUUCGAAAUGAACGAACUAGGUUUAUAUUGACUAAAAUUAAUAUAAAACGUCACUUCUAAGCAUAAAUUAUUGUAAAAUUGUAUAAUAUAUUAUAUUAUACUGUAAAA